CCCUCAAAAACGCAAAAUGGCAGGGAGAAACAAGUCUGCAGAAAUCAAAAACUUACAAAUCAUGGUUGCGAACAAAGAAGAUAACAAGAAGCAGCCAGCACCCAGGAGGAGCUCCAACAAGGACAGACACAAGAAGGUUGAUGGCAGGGGAAGGCGAAUAAGGAUGCCGGCGCUGUGUGCGGCGCGGAUUUUUCAGUUGACGAGAGAAUUGGGUCAUAAGUCCGAUGGAGAAACAGUUCAGUGGCUGUUGCAGCAGGCGGAGCCCUCCAUCAUAGUGGCAACUGGAACCGGGACUAUUCCUGCAUCAGCUCUGGAAGCUGCAGGAUCCUCUGUUUCUGAACAGGGGAACUCUGUUUCUGCACCUUUGGACACAAAGGGAGGUGGAGUUGGGCCCAGAGACAGAACCAACUGGACAGUGAUGAGUGGGAAUUUUGGAAGUUCUAAUGUAUCAAAUGGGGUAUGGCCACCAGGGUUUGUUCAUAACCCUAGCCAGUCCAUAGCAGUAUCAAAUUUCAGCAGUGAAGAAAACUCGAAUAACAUGCAGAAAUUUGGGUACCAGGGGCUUGAAUUUCCAAACAUGAAUAUGGGUUUUAUGAGUUUUUCAUCCAUGAUUAAUGGCACUAACCAGCAAGUGCCAGGUCUGGAGCUCGGGCUUUCGCAGGACGCGCAUUUUGGGUGUUUGAGUUCUCAUGCUUUAAGCCAGUUUUAUCAGCAGAUGGGGCAGCAUCGAGGUGGUGGUCAUGGCGGAGGGCCCCUGAAUCAGCAGCACCAGCCGCCAGCUUCUUCAGAUAAGGAUGACUCUCAAGAAUCUAGAGAGUAGAACUCUAGAAGUAUUAGGUAUAAAAAUGUUAUUUCUUUGCCGAAAUUUUGAUCUUAAGGAGCAACAUAGCAUGGAAGAAGCAGAGUGGUUUAGCACAAUGUUUUCUUGUCUUUUCAGACAAGAAAUAAGAGGUGAGACAUUAAAAAGGGUGUUAGAAAGAAAGAAGGUACAUUUUGUGUUUCUGCUUUUGGUCCCUCCUGCGCAAUCACACACAAUUUCAUGGUAAUUUCAUCCUGUUUCUCACUGAAUUUAGGGUUUUCCGGCUUGUCAAAUGCUGGAUGAGUUUUUGAAGACUCCAGUUGAGAAUUGAGUGAAAGUUGGUGACUUUAUUACAUUCACUUUUGGCUUGUGAAAUCUUGUGCUGUGUUUUUAUUAGUUAGAAACAUUUUUGUGAUUCAGGACAUAAAUUGUCUGGGUUGAUUGAGAAAGAUGCCUAAAAAUUUAUUGAUUUCUAGAGGGAGAUUCUCAACUAGUAGAUAAAUAAUGGAGAGAAUGAAGAAGUGAAGAAUUA